AUGCUGCAGAUGGGUGUCGCGAACAGGAUGAAACAGGAGCCUCAGACACCCCUUCCACCCGCCUUGACACGGCCCAGUCUCGCAGCACCUCCCGUGUUCGCUGCAACCCUGCAAGCCCCUGCUGCCGUUCCGCCACCAGCCGGCAUGCCAAACCAUCCGCCUGCUGUACCUACCCCUCCCGCUAAUCCAGGAGCCACCAUGCCAAGCUUUCCGCCUGCUGUUCCUACCCCUCCCGGGGCUGCAGUGCAAAGCCAUCCAGCUGUUGUGCCUACCCCUGCCGCUCCAGGAGCCAACAUGCCAAGCUUUCUGCCUGCUGUACCUACCCUUCCGGGGGCUGCAGUCCCUCCGGCAGCCAGCAUGCCAAGCCAUCCGCCUGCUGUGCCUACUCCUCCCAAUGCCUUUGCCGGAACGACGCCACUUCCCGCACAGCCCGUCGCCGACUUCAGGACAAUGGGUGUCCCCAUCUAUGGCGGGCCAAACCCUCCCCCCAGCCCAGCCACGCCAGCCCACGCUGGUAUGACAGUCCCUGCAAGCCAGCCAAGCCCGGCAACCACGCCAGGUCCGACCACACCCGGCCCGUCCCCGAGCCAGCUUCCCUCGCCGAACCAGAGCCCUUCCACGACACCGACCAAGCCGCACCACUUCGAGAAAGUGACAUCCUCGACCCAUCCCGCUGCAUGGCAGUUCCUGUACCGCUUGGCUGGAACUUUGGACAAGUUCGGGAACAGGAAGUGCAGUGAGGACCAUGAGAUGUGGAACCAGUGGCAUGACACCAGCAAGCGGGACAAGCUCCUCCACGACUUUGUGCACCGAUGCUGGAAGCCGACGGAGAGCCACUCCGACAACAAGGCUGGGUAUUCGGAGUUAAAAUACUUAGUGCUUGUCUCCGACAAAGUGGAAAGCGGCUCGAGCCGGUCGAGGUCGCUCGAACAGGAAAUGACGGAGGCCGGGGUCUGGGAAACCGACUUUUCGCUGGGUGACUUGAUCAAUCUGGACGACGAGUCGGAAGGCAAAAAUUCGACGGAGACGAAGGAGACCAAGACCCGGAUCCCAGAGUUUCCGGCUGUGGAUGGCCCGGAAUCUCUCCAGGAAUUCCUAGGCCAAUAUAAAAAAGCCUGUUUGAACAAGAAAGCAGCCAUGAAGGCUGCCAAGGAGAGGUUCCAGAAAGAUGGCACCACGGGCCACGAGACCGACUUGGGCGAGCUCGAGAAGGUGCACAGCAACAUCGCUGGUCUCUACCAGCAGCUUACUGGGCUGGAGGAGGUGGCUUUCUUCAAGACCGCACACCGUACACGUGAAGACACCUGGUGGUGGCGGCAGAAGACCCAGACGGUACCGUAUGUCAAGAAAGGGCUGUGCAAACAUGCUAUGCUCAGUGUAGUUGACUUCGCUGAGCAUCUCGCCAACUCCGAACACUACGCUUACAAGCUAUUGGCUGGGUGUGCCAAGAGGGAAUCGUGCAGAUGGAAGGCCGAAUUUGCAAACUUUUGGCAACGGUUCGCGACCAUUGAGCCGCAUCAUGAUGUGUAUAGACGCUACAGCCACUGCUUGGGGAACUGUUGCCCUAUCUUUCUUCAUGGGGAUGAAGGCACGAGCUACGGCAAGAAGGGCCUUUUCCAGUUUUCGUGGUCCCCCGUUUUGAGUGCUGGUGCUUCUGGUCUGCACAGGUAUUUCAUGAUUUCGCAGCUGUCGUACAAGUUCUACGCUAAGCUUGCUAAGGGCAACGCCAAGGGAAACCCAGCAUUGGAUGCCAUCAUGGCUGCAGGUUGCCACUCCUGUUUGGCCGCUUAUGAAGUUGGGGUCAAGUGCGGCCAAGAACGCAUCUACUUGGUCACCAUCGGCCUGACAGGUGAUCAUGUGUUUCAUGCGAAGGCCAUGCAUCUUGUACGCAACCACGUUUCAGCUGCCGUGUGCCCUCACUGCGAAGCUAACAUCACGAACAUUCCGUACGAAGACUGUUCGGCUGAUGCUGCUUGGAUUGCAACCAUUGGCCGGUCGAACCCUUGGAGAGUGGAGCCAGUUUUUGGCAUCCUGCCGGGUGGUGCCGAUGUAUCUUUUAUAAGAUUGGAUACCUUCCAUUUGGGCCCUUUGGGAGCUGGUCACUAUGCGGCACCAUCCAUUCUAUGUUUGCUAGUGGACGCCUUCGAUCAUUUCAAGCCACCGACUGGUCCCCACCGGGACAUCGAGAACUGCCUUGCCUAUGCCCACACGUUUUUUGAAAGCUUUUGUAAAGCGAUGAAGCAGCCGCCAAGAGACUUGAAGGAAUUUACAAAGGACAAACUACACUGGCCAAGCAAGGCCGCAUAUCCGAUGUUAACCUGCAAAGCCAGCGACACGACAUUGAUGCUGUUGUGGUUGCAGGACUACUUGGAAAGCAUUCCGCACGAUUUGUCAGAUCCUCUACUGAAGCUGUGCCUUGAGAUACUUGUGGCUUACAAUGGCUUUUGGCGACUCUUGUCGUUUGGCCUCCAGUUUAACUGGUGCCGCCCGCACUCUUCCCCCCCCGCAUCUCAGGGCAACUCCGGGGGGACGGGGGAGGAAGGCGGGGGGGAGGGACCAAGGGGCCGGAAAUGGGGGAGAGCGGCGGGAAAGUACAACGCAACCGAGCAGGGACCAGCUGUUGGGACCGGAGGAGACAACCACUGGGCAGCGGGGGACAGGCAGGAGCGAAAAGGUGGGGAGGAGGGACAAGGGGAAGGGGAGGAGGAGGGCCGCAAGGGGAGCAGGAGCGGGGGAAGGGGGGAAGAGGCAGGAGAGGGAGAACGGGGUGUUUCCGAGUAA